UCUCCUCAGUCCUGUGACACCGAAAUCUGCAACUCUUACCCAUGACAGGAAGCUUCAACCACCCAACCCUCCUUCCCGUUUUACUUGUAGGAAGCCAGGGCCAUUCACUGUGCUAUGCUGUGGAUAGUGCUACUGCUCUUGCUGUGUACAGACUCCCUGGUUCAGGAUUUAGAAUUCCAGCUGGUGGCGCCCAAGUCGGUGACAGUAGAGGAGGCCUUGUGUGUUCAUGUGCCCUGCAGUGUUUCUUACCCCUCCAUUAGGCCCACUUUUGGACCUGUCACUGGCUAUUGGCUUCUGAAAGGGGCCAGUCCCCAUGAAGAUUCUCCAGUGGCCACAAAUGACCCCAGACAACUAGUGCAGAAGGCAACACAGGGCCGAUUCCAACUCCUUGGAGACCCACAGAAACAUGACUGUUCCCUGCUCAUCAGAGAUGCACAGAAAAAUGACACAGGAGUGUACUUCUUCAGAGUGGUUAGAGAACCUUUUGUGAGAUAUUCCUACAGAGCAAAUCAGCUGUCGCUGCAUGUGACCCCUCUAUCACGGACUCCUGACAUCAUAAUCCCGGGAACCCUGAGAGCUGGCCAUCCUAGCAAUCUGACCUGCUCUGUGCCUUGGGCCUGUGAGCAGGGGACACCCCCUACCUUCUCCUGGAUGUCAGAUGCCCUCACCUCCUUGAGUUCCAGAACCACAAACUCCUCAGUGCUGACCCUCACACCUCGGCCCCAGGACCAUGGUACCAAACUCACCUGUCUGGUGACCUUCUCUGGAGCAGGCAUCACUGUGGAAAGAACCAUCCGCCUCAAUGUUACCUGGAAAUCAGACCAGAUGAGAAUGGUGGUCCUGGUGGCUGUCGGGGAGGCAGCAGUCAAGCUCCUGAUUCUUGGGCUCUGUCUCACACUUCUCAGUGUGGUGAUCUGCAGAAGGAGGGCAACAAAGCUGUCGGUGCACAUGAACUGUGAAAAUCCCUACCAAGAAAUGAUGCACAAGCUGCAGCAAGCGAUCCCAUUUUAUAAUCACUGCCCACCUCCAACAGCAUCUGAUGCUGUGGCUCCAGGAUGUUCCAUGCGCCUGUCUGCGAGUGGCACCUCAUGCCCUGACUCCAUGCUGAGAAUUCAAGACCCUUGCGGAAGGACUUACCUUAGGAACAGAGCAGUAUCUGAACUAAGAUUCCCCUGGAUUUCAUGGGGGUGAAGCCUCAGGAGUUCUCAGAGAUCUAAGUUCACCAAGCUUUGCUCUUGUGUAAAGCACCCGUGUCCUCUAUGGCUCCCUGCAGAUAAUUCCUGGAUCCCGCUGAUCCCGAGACAAUGGGUUACGCUGCUGUGUGUGAGUCUCACACUCUGUUGGCCAUGUCUGACUUGACAAUAAGAGACCUGGGACUGAGUCUGUGUUUCUUAAUUCACAUCAUCAGAGUCGUUCCCUCUAUUUUUGGUUUUUGUACUCAGUAUAAUGGACUCCUGCCUUCUCCUCCUGCCUCACCUCUCU